UCACAUUCAAAUAGCCCUCUGGAGUGUUCCGCUUUCCCAUUGGUUCCUGCUCAUGUGCAGGAACACGGAGUUGUUCUGUUUGAGCUCAGGAACAGAUGAGUUGGUUCAGUGUGUGAUGUUGGGGCCGUUUGACAGAGGCACUCACAGCUGCUGGACGUGGAGUUUAUUUUGGUUACAUUAAGACAUAAGGUGUAACGCUUAAGUAGAGAAGUAACGACAGCCCCAACCGCCUCACACGCAAAAUAGAAAGGUGUAUAUCUCGUUGAUCUUGUUUGUUUCCCGGGUGUGACGUUGGUAAUUAGCAACUUAAUUGAAAUCACCCGGCGCUCCCGGUUUAACCUGCUGGGAAGCAAAGCUUAAGGUCACCAGGUGCACCGCUGUAUUUCACUGACUGUAAGUCAUCUUUAACACAUCUGACCAACAUGUAUAGCUUGAUGGAACACGAGCUGAAACCAAAUGGUCAGCCUCAGACCACGGGGAUGUCACCGAUCACCGGGAACCUCACCGGGAAUAUUGGGACCAAUGGGAACUCUCUCCCGAAAACGGCGUGUGCGCCUGGAGGAGACCCUAUGGAUAAAGUAAAGAGGCCCAUGAAUGCUUUUAUGGUCUGGUCAAGAGGACAGAGGCGAAAGAUGGCUCAAGAGAACCCCAAAAUGCACAACUCCGAGAUCAGUAAGCGGCUGGGAGCUGAGUGGAAACUUCUGACCGACGCUGAGAAGCGACCGUUUAUCGAUGAAGCCAAAAGACUCCGGGCUGUCCACAUGAAGGAGUACCCAGAUUACAAAUACAAGCCCCGCCGCAAAACCAAGCCGCUGCUGAAGAAGGACGCUCAGGUGGGCAAGUAUCCGCUGUCAGCCGGGAACCUACUGACGGCAGCAGUCCAGAACCAAGGCGGCAGUCCCAGGAUGGAGGGCUACGGCUGGGCUCCUACGGGAGGCUACACCGGCAUGCAGAACGAGGCGCUAAGCUACACGCAGCAGCUGCACCGGUACGACCUGUCAGCCCUCCAGUAUCCACCCGCGAUGACGGCGGCACAGACGUACAUGAGCGGAGCCAACUCCUACAGUCCCAUGUCAUACAGCAGCAGCCCACAGCAGCUGAGCCCUGUCAACAUGCCCAUGGUGAAGGCAGAACCAGUGUCCCAUUCACCCUCAACAGGAACACCAAACCACCACCGAGGGGCCUUGCAAGGUGAUCUCAGGGACAUGAUCAGCAUGUACAUUCCUGCACCUGGAGCGGAUUCUUCGGAUCCUGGAACUGCACAGAGGGGCUACACCAGUGUCCAGCAACACUACCUCAGUGGAACGGUCCCACUUACGCACAUCUAGGACACAAGUGGGAAUCCUGGGGUGGGAUUAGGAAUAAGAAAAAGAACCGAUGCACAGGGGCUUGAUCAGAAGAAUGAGGUGAGGAGUACUACAUGCAUGAGCGAGAAAAUUGUAGCUGGUGCAUUGUUUAACCACAAAGUCCUUGGUUUUGUUUUGAUUUUUUUAAGAAACAGACCUUUUUGACUCUUGGCUCAUACAGUCCCUUACUGAAUUCUCCCAAUUUCCUGCUGCAGUUUCAUGUGGGUUCCCUGUUGAGGAGUGCAUGGUCUACUUUAUUCCAGCCUUUCAGAUCUGUAUGGCUCUUUGUGGAAGGAACUUUUGGGCUGCAGUUCAUUUGUAAAACCCAUCAUAAUAACUGUACUUGACCACUGUUUGUUCACAGUCAUUCCCCAAAAAAAAGCAUAAAUGAAGGCAAACUUGGGAAAAAAUCCCUCCUCAGUUGAUGUCCAGUAAAUUCCUUUCUUUUUUCCUUUAGCUAUUACUGGGUGGAUGAUUUUGAUUCAGAGGCAGAUACAAAGAAGAAAAUGUACAGCUUUUGAACCCUUUUUGUUUGUUCACUGGAUUUGGCAUUUUACUUUUUCUCCCAUAGAUUUUUCCCAUUUGAAAUCCUGUGUGCCGACACACAAACCACCUGUUGGACAAUCAGCAUUUCAUCUACAGGACACAGAAGGAACACUCUGGGUUCCAUCUGCGUUUUGCUCAGAAUUUAGUUCAAACAUGGAGCAGAUUCUUGCUCACAUCUAAUCACUGGAUUCCAGUUUUGGUUUUGACAAGAUGUUACAUUAUUUUCUGCUUUUGAAUUUUGUUUGCUGUUAUUAGGUUUUAGAUUUAAUCUUUGCAUGUAAAUAUCCAACUGCAUUGUUUUGCCAGUGUGUUAUCACUUUACUCUGGGCUGGAGUUAAAACCUUUGGAGCUGCCUUGUUUGUUAGGACAAACGGCCAGACAUACCCCAAUUAAUCAGUAUCUUCUUUUCCAAACUUAUUUUUUUUUCAUAAAGUCAAGGUUGUUUCUGGCAGUACUGAUUUCUGUUUGUUUAGCCUGCAGCUUGCAGUCACAGGAUGGUGAAUGUGAUUAAAACACUUCCACUGGAAACGGAUACCAAAAGUGUUGGGGAAAUCACUUUUGUUGGACUAAUAUGUGAAUGUUUACAUUACUACCCAAGUAUAUAAAAAAAGUAACUUUUGUACUGGAUAUUUUGUAGAGUAAGUGUAUGCAAAUGCUGCCAUUUAGAGUCACAGGGAAAUACUGUUAAUGUAAAUAUUGUCCAUAUUUUUAGGUUCUAAAGCAGAGUCUUGAUUGCAUUUGAUUAAAACUCCUUUAUGGCA